AUGACGCUGCUGUUAGGACUGGAUACAGGCACAGUGUAUAUGAUUCUUAAAACACAGUAUAAUCUACCGCACCUCAUUCUUAUUCCCUGUGUCUGUCAUUCUCUGCAACUGGCGGCUAAGGUAGCGGCAUACAAAAAUGCAGCUGAUGUGAAUACCUUCCACGAAUUAUGUGAAUUUGCUAUCGCCGUCUUGUCAUUGCCGCACUCAAAUGCCGAAGUCGAAAGAUUAUUUAGUACCAUGAGUAUCAUCAAAAAUAAACUACGUAACAAGUUAUCCGAAAAAACUUUGAAUUCCCUGCUUACCAUCAGAAACCAACUGAAGAUAAAGGACAAGAAUUGCUCCACAUAUGAAAUUCCUGACGAAGUUCUCGAUCAAGUCGGCAAGUGGAAACCGAAAGCAACUACAGAGCAAGGAGAGGCUGGAACUUCAGGCUCCAAUACGAGUAUUUAUGAAGAUGCAGCGGACGCAAUAUUUGAUUUGAACUUUUUUUGA